AUGACCAGUCCGCCGCCACCAGAGGGCCCGUCCCAGCCACUCGAAGGACCCUCAAGGGCACAAACGCCGGCCAGGACGGAAGAGAUCAGCAUCGAUGAAGCCACACCAUGCGAGUGGGACGAUUGCGGGAAGCCGUUCACAGACUUGACUGCACUGGUAGACCAUAUUCACAAUGAUCACGUUAACAACCAAAAGUCUGGUUACACCUGCGAAUGGGCAGAUUGCCCACGCAAGAGCAUGCCCCAAACCUCGAGGUUCGCGCUGGUUUCGCAUUUACGAUCCCAUACAGGGGAGAAGCCGUUCAUUUGUUCGUUACCAGAGUGCGACAAGUCGUUCACGCGUUCGGACGCCCUAGCUAAGCACAUGCGGCAACAACACAACAUUUCUCCACCCCUUCCUGGCCGAGGGGGCCCACGGAAACGUAAACGGAAUCAACCCGGGGACGAUGCAGUUUCUGUGGAUGGCGGCGGUACGCCGUCCUCGACGGGCGGCCCGUCCACAGCCAACACAGGAACUUUCAACACAUUCAAAAUCGAACCUACCAUCAUCAUGCACAAACCCCCGCUACCAGAGGACGAAGUGCCCACACCGUUUGUAGAGGCUCCUCCGCCAGCUUCGACGAGGACGAGGAGGCAACACCAGUUGCACCACCAGCAACAGCAGCAGCAGCGGCAGGAAGCGGAGCAGAUGAACAAUUACAGGACGAUGGUUAUCAAUAAUGGGGGCGUUUCGUUCAUGCGGCAGUCGCCUAUCGUUUUGGACGAUGAUGUUGAAGAGAUGAUCUCACCGUCCGAACUUCCUCCCCAUUUACAGCAACACUACAAUCCUGAAACGGGACUGGUGCUAGGGAGGUCGCCGGCCAUGGUGAUGUAUCUCUUGAUGAAGGCGCGGUACUCUUAUGUGGUGGAGCAGCAUGAAGGGCUACUGGCGGAGCUUAGUGUGCUCACUGAGGAAAUGGUGAAGGAGAAAGAGUUGAAGGAGGGAGCGUUGGAUGUGUUCUUGAGAAAGCAAUACGGUGAUGAAGCCGACAAACUCAUCAAGCCUCCACCACCACGAUAUGAACAACCAAGACACGAGGCACUCACGAGUCCUGGUGAGGGAAGGACGGUGUAUAACUUCGGACCUCCGGCGAAUGGCCAGAGGUCUUACGGACCACCACUGGCACCACCCAGUGCUAACGGGUACAUGGGGCAUCCCUAG